AUGGCCGGAAGGUUUGUCCCAGUCAUUGUUAUAUUCUUCCGAGCCAGAGCUUCAAAAUUCCAUCUCCGUGGCAUCCCAACCUUUAAAGAAAAUGGCCAGUGUCAACUCCAGUCUGGGACAACAACUGGUGUCACGGCAGGUGAAAUCAAGAGUUCGAUCUGGCUGUGUAACGUGCAAGAUUCGACACAUAGGUGUGCGAAUACCGGCUAUGAGUGUAAUGGAUACUGCUAUAACGCUUUGGCACGGAGACCUCCAUCAAAUCCUUUUUCGACUCGUAGCACCGACGAGAACUCACGAGUCGCCAUACCAAGAGUCAGCUCCACUCCCUGCCAACUCAUUGUUCAACCAUCCGCAGGCCCUAAACUCAAGAACACGAUUGAGCAUCAAUACUUUACGGUCUUCCGAGAGAGCAUAGCUGAUCAGCUUUCGGGAUACUACGACACUGCUAUCUGGAACUGCGUUGUGCUCCAGGCUUGCCACGACGAAUCAUGGGCCAGGAACUUAGUUGUUGCUAUCGGAGCUCUCUACAAAUCUCUUGGAAGGGAGGAGAGUGUGAGAGAAAGAAAACGCCACUACCUCUUCGCUCUGCAAACAUAUGGGGAAGCCUUAGUGCAAUUAAAAGACUACACCAGAGAAUGUAAAUCAGACUCUGAUCUUCGAUGCGCCUUGAUAUCAUCACUUCUUACUACGUGUUUCGAGACUUACAUCGGCAACAAAGACAACGCAAUCACGCAAGCCAAAGUUGGCAUAGACAUUCUACUCGAAUGGACAGCAAAACAACAGAAAGAACCAGCAGACGACAUGCCGGAUGAGUGGUCCAACAUAAGACGUGUUGCGACUCAGUUUUACAUCCAUAACGACCUCUUGGACGUCUUCCAACGCCUAGAUUACCAACUCCUUCUCGUCAGAGGCCUUCAACCUGGGCGAAAAUCCCCAGGAGCAUUCCCCAGCAUCGACCGCCCCUUUAUAUCUCUCGAUGAAGCCUGCACAUUCUGGGAUCUGGUUAUGCGGCGGAUCUUGUUCUUUCACUCCGUCAAAGACGUCAGAGAACAACACUCUCUGCAAGGAUACGACAAAGACAACGCCCAAGCCGAGGAAUGCAACUUCAAGAAUGCGAUACAGCAGUUCUUCCGCUCAUUCACGCCUAUUUUCGAAAGCUCUAGACGAAGGCCGGGAACGAAGGAAUACUUCCUGUCCAAUCUCGUCAUGAUCAGAUCCCUAGCUUGCCGCUUCGCAGUCUUGCGAUUUCCAUCAUACAGUGAGCUAUACAGCGAUUAUUUCUUGCGAGACUAUAAGCUGCUUAUUAGGCUAGCGCGCGAGCUAAUCGAUGAUUCAAAAAUGACCCAAAGGGAGGCGAUUUGCAAUUUCGACAUAACUCUUGGUAUUUCUAUCUUCAGCCUCUUGCACCUUUGUAGAGUGUCCGCAGUACGCAAGGAAGCCCUUGACUUGUUACGCCAAUACCCGCAGAGAGAAGGAUGGUUCGAUGCACUGGUAUCUGCGAAGAUCUCGACGUGGCUGAUGAACGAGGAAGAAGGGGGGACAGUCCAUGGGCACAUACCUGACACUGCCAGAUUGAGACUCAUCAAGCAUGAGCUUGGACCGCACAAACGAACAGCUAAGCUUCAUUGCUCACGAUUCGUACGGAAAGAUGGAAACGCGACAAGGGAAUUACUCCCUCCUAUUACGAUAAACCUCUGA